AUGAGGGCCGUGCCAAGAGCAGCUCGGGCCGUGCUCAAUGCCUUGAGGCAACCACCGGGCCGAUUUCUGAGGAGAUUUGCAGUCGAGGUGGAACUGGGUGGGCCCGCCGAUGUGGCGGCCUUCGCAGCACUGGAACCUCAUCCCAGGAGCGUGCAGUAUUUGACAUCCACCGUGGACCCCGUGGAGAUCUCGCGCUUUCUGCAGACUGAGAUGCCCAUCCGCUACGCCGAGCGAAUCCGUUCGCUGGAGCACGUGCCUCAUUGGAAGGAGGUGCGAAACCUCGUUGAAGUGCACCAGAUCCACACUCAAUCCUUUGAAGCCUUCCGCAAAGCUGACCUUCCUUCCUUCGCACAGGUGUCCCACGAGGCGAUCUUGCGGGAGCAGGUGGUGGUCGAGCUCUUGGCCAAGUCGGUCCACCAACUACGGCGAGAGUUUGGGGAGACGAUCAAGGAGGAGUUUGUGCAGAAUCAUGGGGCAACAAAAUCACCAUGGGCAAUCCGCCGAUCGAACCCCGCACUGCAAGAACAAGUUCCUGGACGAUUUUCUGCUGAAUCGCAUCGGCUGCCAAGUCCUGCUGAGCCAUUUCUUAGCUUGCCGAGCAGGGCAGGAGCAUGGGAUCAUUGA